AUGCAAGGCCAGUCUGCCUAUGGAGGAGAAGCACGGCAGGUGCUCUUCCUGCCUGAGGCCACAGCAUACCAAGGAGAGCACACUGAGAAAAUAACCACCGAACCCGUACUGAACCGGCCUGGUACCAACCAGGUCCUGAACCAGUGCUUACCUCCCGAUGGGGCAAUUUUUUUGACUCGGCCCGCCUAUGAAGACAAUUGUCCCUUCCUGGAGACUGACAGGGCUACGCUCUGCCCAACUGUGUUCUGCCCAGUUUGGGCCCUGGCGUAUUGUGUUGACCAGAUAUUUUCUGUCUGCUAUGGGGCAAAGUCCCAUGGCUCCAAAUUUGCAGUAGCCCUUUCCAGAGACUUUACCACCACUCCCUUGGAGGACGAAAUUGACAGAGGAGGGUGCGGAGAUCCUGGAAUACCAGCCUAUGGUAAACGUACUGGCGCCAGUUUUUUACAUCGAGACACGUUGACAUUUGAGUGUCAGUCAGCUUUUGAAUUGGUUGGAGAAAGGACAAUCUCUUGCCAGCAAAAUAACCAGUGGUCAGGAAACAAACCCAGCUGUGUCUUCUCCUGUUUUUUCAAUUUCACGGCUCCAUCAGGAAUUAUCCUGUCUCCCAACUACCCAGAGGAGUAUGGAAACAACAUGAACUGUGUGUGGCUGAUUAUUGCUGAACCAGGCAAUCGAAUCCAUCUCAUCUUCAGCGAUUUCGAAGUGGAGCCCCAGUUUGACUACUUAACAGUGAAGGAUGAUGGGAUGUCUGAAGCAACAACAUUCGGAACAUUCUCUGGCAAAGAUGUCCCUUCUCAAAUUGCCAGCAAUGGACACAUAGUGCGACUAGAGUUUCAGUCUGAUCACUCCAACACAGGAAGAGGAUUUAACAUAACGUACACAACAUUUGGGCAGAAUGAAUGCCAUGACCCUGGAAUACCCAUCAAUGGGCAACGAUUUGGUGACCGGUUCCUGCUGGACAGUUCAGUUUCUUUUCGUUGUGACGAGGGCUUCAUAAAAACCCAAGGAUCUGAGACAAUUACGUGCGUGAUGCAGGACGGAAGUGUGGUCUGGCAUUCAGCAGUGCCCAGGUGUGAAGCCCCCUGUGGUGGUCACUUAACUGCACCAAAUGGAGUGAUCCUGUCUCCAGGCUGGCCAGGAUUUUAUAAGGACUCGUUGAACUGUGAAUGGGUGAUUGAAUCAAGACAAGAUCAUGCCAUCAAAAUAUCAUUUGACAGGUUUCAGACUGAAGUUAAUUAUGAUACAUUAGAAAUACGAGAUGGACCUGCUAACUCAUCACCAUUAAUUGGAGAAUACCAUGGUACCCAGGCUCCCCACUUCCUUAUCAGCACCAGCAAUUACAUGUACCUUCUGUUCACCACUGACAACAGUCGGUCCAGUGUGGGCUUCCAGAUUCGUUACGAGAGUGUCAUGUUGGAGAUGGAUUCCUGUCUAGAUCCUGGUAUCCCUGUAAAUGGAAAACGACAUGGGAACAACUUUGCAAUUGGUUCCAGAGUGUCAUUUAGUUGUGAUCAAGGAUACACGCUUAGUGAUGAAGAGCCAAUUGUUUGUGAAAGGAACCAUCAGUGGAACCACGCAUUGCCCAGUUGUGACGCUUUAUGUGGAGGAUAUAUGUAUGGUAAAAGUGGAACAGUGCUAUCUCCCGGGUUUCCUGAUUAUUACCCAAACUCGCUAAACUGCACCUGGACCAUAGAAGUAUCUCAUGGAAAAGGAGUACAGAUGCUUUUUCACACAUUCCAUCUUGAAGAUUCUCAUGACUAUUUACUUAUCACAGAGGAUGGAAUCUUUACUGAGCCUGUUGCACGGCUUACUGGAUCUGUCUUACCGCCAUCCAUCAAAGCAGGCCUCUUUGGAAAUUUUAGUGCACAACUGCGGUUUAUUUCAGACUUCUCUAUGUCCUAUGAAGGCUUUAACAUAACAUUUUCAGAAUAUGAUCUGGAGCCCUGUGACGAUCCAGGAGUCCCAGCUUUCAGUAGGAGAAUUGGAUUUCAGUUUGGAGUCGGAGAUUCUUUGAUUUUUUCUUGUCUCCCUGGAUACAGACUGGAAGGCAAUAACAGGAUCACUUGUUUAGGAGGGGGCCGGCAUGUUUGGGGUGCACCUCUGCCAAGGUGUGUGGCUGAAUGUGGAGCAUCUUCCCUUGGGAAUGAAGGAAUACUAUUAUCUCCCAAUUACCCAUCCAACUAUGAAAAUAAUCAUGAGUGCAUCUACAAAAUAGAGACUGAAAAAGGGAAAGGAAUAAGCCUCAGUGCCACACACUUUGAGUUGCAAGAGGGGGACAUUCUUAAGGUUUAUGAUGGCAAAGAUAGUUCAUCUCGACUACUUGGCCUUUUCACAAAGAAUGAGAUGCAUGGUGUGAUCAUGAACAGCACCUCCAACCACGUCUGGUUAGAAUUUAACACGAAUGGAACCGGCACUGAGAAAGGAUUCCAGCUAACAUACAGCAGCUUCGACCUUGUAAAAUGUGAGGAACCAGGAAUCCCUACCUAUGGUUACAAGAUUCAAGAUGAUGGACACUUUGCAAAUACGUUUGUGUUGUACAGCUGUAACCCUGGGUACACAAUGCAUGGCAGCAGUACCUUGACCUGUCUAAGUGGAGAUCGACGAGUGUGGGACAAACCCAUACCUGCUUGUAUAGCUGAAUGUGGAGGCCACAUUACAGGAGCUACUUCAGGACGAAUAUUGUCACCUGGUUACCCUGCACCAUAUGACAAUAACCUGCAAUGUACCUGGUCCAUUGAGGCAGAUCCUGGUAAAACCAUAAGCCUUCAUUUUAUAGUCUUUGACACUGAAGUUGGCCACGAUAUCCUUAAAGUGUGGGAUGGUCCAAUAACAAGUGAUGUCCUACUAAAAGAGUGGAGUGGCUCAUCAUUACCUGAAGACACCCACAGCACGUUCAGUUCAUUAACUCUGCAGUUUGACACUGACUACUUCAUCAGCAAGUCUGGGUUCUCCAUUCAGUUCUCAACUACAACAGCUACAACAUGCAAUGACCCAGGAACUCCACAGAAUGGAACUAGGUAUGGGGACAGCCGAGAGCCUGGAGAUACUGUUACUUUUCAGUGUGAUCCAGGCUACCAAAUACAAGGAGUGGCAAAAAUCACCUGUGUGCAACUCCACAGCAGAUUCUUUUGGCAACCUGAUCCUCCAACUUGUAUCGCUACCUGUGGAGGAAAUGUGACAGGCCCAGUAGGCGUGAUUUUAUCACCUAACUACCCACAGCCUUAUCCUCCAGGAAAGGAAUGCGAUUGGAGAAUAAAAGUGAAUCCAGACUUUGUAAUAGCCUUGAUAUUCAAAAGUUUCAACAUGGAACCCAGUUAUGAUUUCUUACACAUUUAUGAAGGGGAAGAUUCCAACAGCCCUCUAAUUGGCAGUUUCCAAGGUUCUCAGGCCCCUGAUAGGAUAGAAAGCAGUGGGAAUAGCCUUUUUCUGGCUUUCCGGAGUGAUGCUUCUUUGGGGAUGUCUGGAUUUGCAAUUGAAUACAAAGAGAAACCACGGGAAGCUUGCUUUGACCCUGGAAAUGUAAUGAAUGGUUCCCGCAUAGGAACUGAUUUUAAACUGGGUUCUACUGUGACUUACCACUGUGAUUCCGGCUACAAGACUGUCAGCCCAGCUACCAUUACAUGCAUUAUCGGAGAUGAUGGGAAACCAGUGUGGGACAGAGGACUCCCGUCUUGUAAUGCUCCCUGUGGAGGCCAGUAUGCUGGGUCAGGAGGAGUCGUUUUAUCUCCUAGUUAUCCACAUAAUUACACAGCUGGUCAGACGUGUAUAUACUCAAUUACUGUGUCCAAAGAAUUUGUGGUAUUUGGACAGUUUGCAUAUUUCCAAACAGCAGUGAAUGAUGUUGUAGACCUAUUUGAUGGGGCAAACCAGAACUCCAGACUUCUUAGCUCCCUUGCAGGAUCGCAUACAGGCGAGACUUUACCUUUAGCCACAUCCAAUCAGAUCCUUCUCAAGUUCAGUGCCAAAAGUGGUGCUUCUGCUAGAGGUUUCCAUUUUGUCUACCAAGCUGUUCCCCGCACAAGUGACACCCAGUGCAGCUCUGUGCCAGAGCCCAGGUACAGCAGGCGAAUCGGUUCAGAGUUCUCAGCAGGGUCCAUUGUUCGCUUUGAAUGCAAUCCAGGAUACCUCCUGCAAGGCUCUAAAGCUAUUAAGUGCCAUGCUGUUCCAAAUGCACUAGCACAAUGGAAUGACACAAUACCUACUUGUGUAGUUCCCUGCAGUGGAAAUAUGACUGAAAGAAGAGGCACGAUUCUGUCCCCAGGGUAUCCUGACCCCUAUGGUAACAGUUUGAAUUGUGUGUGGAGAAUCACUGUAGCUGAGGGAGCAGGUAUACAGAUCCAGGUUAUGAGCUUUGCCACAGAGCACAACUGGGAUUCCCUUGAAAUAUAUGAUGGUGGUGAUUUGACUGCACCAAAACUGGGUAGCUUUUCAGGUACCACUGCACCCGCUCUUCUGAACAGUACUUCUAAUCAACUGUAUCUGCAUUUCCACUCUGAUAUCAGUGUAGCUGCAGCAGGCUUUUAUCUGGAAUACAAAACUGUAGGGCUUACAACUUGCCCUGAUCCAUUAGUCCCCAGCAAUGGUAUAAAGGUUGGAGACAGGUACUUGGUCAAUGAUGUGAUAUCAUUCAGUUGUGAACCAGGAUAUGUGUUACAGGGACACUCCCACAUAUCUUGUAUGCCAGGGACUAUUCGUCGCUGGAAUUACCCACCUCCCCUCUGCAUUGCUAGGUGUGGAGGAAUACUGUUUGAAAUGAGUGGUGUCAUCCUAAGUCCUGGAUUUCCAGGAAACUACCCUAGUAAUCUUGACUGUACAUGGAAGAUCUUACUUCCUGUUGGAUAUGGUACGCAUUUACAAUUCCUGAACUUCUCUUCAGAAGCCAACCAUGAUUUUUUGGAUAUACACAAAGGACCACAUCAUAGUAGUUCCUUCAUUGGCCAGUUUAGUGGUUCAGAAAUCCCACCAUCCCUACUUAGCACAACACAUGAAACAGUGAUUCAUUUCUACAGUGAUCAUUCAGAAAACAGGCAAGGAUUUAAAUUGAAAUACCAAGCAUACGAAUUGCAAAAUUGUCCAAAUCCUCACCCAUUUCCCAAUGGAUACAUCAUCAACAGUGAUUUUAAUGUGGGACAGUCAAUAUCCUUUGAGUGCUAUCCAGGAUAUGCUCUUAUUGGACAUUCAGUUCUCACCUGUCAGCAUGGAAUCAACCGGAACUGGAAUUAUCCUUUUCCUAGAUGUGAAGCUCCUUGUGGUUAUAACGUAUCAGCUCAGAAUGGCACAAUUUAUUCACCUGGAUUUCCAAAUGAGUAUCCACAUUCCAAGGAUUGUAUUUGGCAAAUUGCUGUAUCUCAUGGUCAUGGGAUAUACAUCAACUUCACUUUGCUCCAAACUGAACCUGUCAAUGACUACAUUGCUGUAUGGGAUGGUCCUAGUGAGAAUUAUGCACAGCUUGGAGUGUUUAGUGGGAAUACAGCCCUUCAAUCAGCUUACAGCUCCUUCAAUCAGGUUCUUAUCAAGCUUCACAGUGACUUCUCAACGGGUGGAUUUUUUGUCCUCAAUUUUCAUGCCUAUCGUCUGAUAAAGUGCCAGCCACCUCCAGUUGUCCUCCAGUCGGAAAUAUUAAAAGAAGAUGAAGAUUUUGAAAUAGGAGAUGUUGUGCAGUACAAGUGCUUUCCGGGCUUUACUCUGGUGGGCAGUGAUCAGCUCAUCUGUAAGCUCAACACAUACCUACAGUUUGAAGGUACACUGCCUUCCUGUGAAGCUCAGUGUCCUGCAAACGAAGUCCGUACUGAAUCCUCUGGUGUGAUCCUUAGUCCAGGGUAUCCAGGCCCAUAUCCAAACUCCCAGACCUGCUCUUGGAUGGUUAAAGUGGAGUUUGGCUAUAACAUCUCAAUUUAUGUGGAAAUGUUUCAGAGUGAAAAACAGUUUGACGAACUGGAAAUAUUUGAUGGGCCUACAGGCCAAAGCCCUUUAUUGGUGGCUCUAAGUGGAAACCACACUGGACAGCUCAAUUUUACAAGCAAAACCAAUGUGCUGUAUCUCCGGUGGUCAACCGAUCAUGCAACAAACAAAAAAGGAUUCAAAAUACGAUACUCAGCUGCAUAUUGUAGCUUAAUCACUCCUAGGAAUGGUGGAGUAUUUAACAAGACAGGUGGUCAGCUUGGUAGCAAAGUGCUCUAUUCCUGUAACCCCGGAUAUAGGAUGAUUGGUCACAGUAAUGCAACUUGCAGACGCUACCAAAAUGGAUUAUAUGAUUGGGAUUCAGCUGCCCCAUUCUGUCAAGCUGUGUCUUGUGGUAUUCCAGAACCACCAGGGAAUGGAACAUUCUACAGCAAUCAGUACACUUUUGGCAGCAAAAUUCAGUACCAGUGUAAUGAAGGUUACAGAUUGGAAAUAAAUAGUGUAGCCACAACAGUAUGUCAAGAAGAUGGUACAUGGAGUAACAAAGGAAUACCCCCACUGUGUAUACCUAUGCGUUGUCCUAAUAUUGAAGCCAUGCUUUCGGAGCAUGUAGUCUGGCAUGUGAUUUCUGGUUCAUCGAACGAAUACGGAGCUCAGGUCUUGCUAAGCUGCAGCCCUGGUUAUUACUUGGAAGGUCGUAGAACCAUACAGUGCCUAGCUAAUGGGACAUGGAGAGGAAGUGAAGAACAGCCAACUUGUAAAAUGAUUUCAUGUGGCGAGCUGCCUUCUCCACCAAAUGGCAACAGAAUCGGUACCUUAACCACAUAUGGAGCCACAGCAAUCUUUACAUGUAACACCGGCUACACACUUACAGGAGCUCAUGUACGCGAGUGUCAGGCCAACGGAUUGUGGAGUGGAACAGACACUAGAUGUCUAGCUGGCCACUGUGGUUCUCCUGAGCCAAUCAUUAAUGGACAUAUCAGUGGAGAUGGAUUCAGUUACCGUGACACAGUGGUCUACCAGUGCUACCUUGGCUUUAGACUUGUUGGUACUUCGGUAAGGAUUUGCCAACAGGACCACAAGUGGUCAGGGCAAGCAGCAGUUUGUGUUCCUAUAACAUGUGGUCACCCUGGCAACCCUACUCAUGGCAGAACCAAUGGAAAUGAGUUAAAUCUGAAUGACAUGGUUAACUUUACCUGCAAUACAGGGUAUAUUUUACAAGGUGCAUCAAGAGCACAAUGUCGGGCAAGUGGUCAGUGGAGCAACCCACUACCAACAUGUAGAGUGGUAAACUGUUCAGAUCCAGGGUUUGUGGCAAAUGCCAUUCGUCAUGGACAACAGAAUUACCCUGAAAGUUUCAGCUAUAGAAUCAGUGUAAUGUAUCACUGUAAACGAGGAUUCUACCUGCUCGGAUCAUCUGUACUGACCUGUCAAGCAAAUGGCUUCUGGGAUAGAUCUCUUCCUAAAUGCCUUCCUAUCUUGUGUGGUAAUCCUGGUAAACCACCUAAUGCCAUUUUGACUGGAAGCAAGUUCACCUAUGGGGCUGUGGCUUACUAUUCUUGCAGUGGAAGUAGAACUCUCAUUGGAAAUGCUACACGCUUUUGUCAGGAGGAUGGCCACUGGAGUGGAUCUCUUCCUGAAUGUUCAGGUGAAAGUCCUGGUUUCUGUGGUGACCCUGGUGUUCCAGCUCAUGGUUCAAGGCUUGGCGAUGAAUUCAGGACAAAACACCUCCUGAGAUUUUCCUGUGAAGCUGGGUACAUUUUAAGAGAAUCAGCAGAGCGAACAUGUCUUCCAAAUGGUUCCUGGAGUGGCACUCAACCAGUUUGUGAAGCUGUAUCUUGUGGAAAUCCUGGCACCCCAGCCCAUGGAGCGAUAGUGUUUAGUGACGGAAUAACGUUCUCCAGUUCAGUGACUUAUGAAUGCUGGGAAGGGUAUAAGACGUCGGGUCUCACUACUCGCCAUUGUACUGCCAAUGGCACUUGGACUGGCAAUCCACCAGACUGCACAGUGAUCGUCUGUGGGGAUCCAGGUGCAUUAGCCAACGGCAUUCAAAUAGGAAAUGAAUUUACCUUUAACAAGACUGUCCAUUAUCAGUGUCAGCCAGGCUACAAAAUGGAACCACCUGUCUCCUCCACUUUACUUUGCACCAAAGAUGGGUCUUGGAACCAGACUAAACCUGUCUGUAAAGCUAUCAUGUGUGGAGAGCCUCCCCUAGUGCGUCAUGGGAAAAUGGAAGGAUCAGACUAUCAGUGGGGAUCCAGUGUUAGUUACAGCUGUUUUGAGGGAUACCAGCUCUCUGUACCUGCCAUAAUUACCUGUGAAGGAAAUGGCAUAUGGAGAGGGGAGGUUCCACAAUGUCUGCCUGUUUUAUGUGGUGACCCUGGGACGCCAGCUGAAGGUCAUCUUGAUGGCCAGUCCUUCACAUAUAGGUCUGAGGUGUCGUUUCACUGCAGAUCUCCAAAUAUCCUUGUAGGCUCAUCUAGAAGAGUGUGCCAAUCAGAUGGAACCUGGAGUGGAAUCCAACCUACGUGCAUUGAUCCAUCCUAUACCAUGUGCACUGACCCAGGCACUCCACAUUAUGGCUUACAAAACAGAUCUCAAGGUUAUGAGGUUGGAAGCAGUGUGUUCUUUAAAUGCAGAAAAAGCUACCACAUACUGGGGUCCACGACACGCAUCUGUCUUGCAAAUUUAACCUGGAGUGGUGUGCAACCCGAGUGCAUAUCUCAUGCCUGCAGACAACCAGAGACUCCUACUCAUGUUGAUGUGAAAGCUAUAGAUCUGCCUACUUUAGGCUAUACUCUAAUAUACACAUGUCAACCUGGCUUUUUCCUGGCUGGGGGGUCAGAACACCGGAUGUGCAAAGCAGAUGGUAAAUGGUCAGGGAAGCCACCUGUAUGCAAAGUUGGGCCUAAAAUUAAACCAAAUGUAACUGUUCCAGUUUUGUACAAGGUACAUGUUCCUGCAGAUGUGUUUUCCGUAAACUCUGUCUGGAAAGGUUUCUAUGAAUAUCUUGAAAAAAGACACCAAGUGAUUAUUACUGUUAGCUGGUUCAAUACUUCAACCAGUAGAGUGAAUGCAACAUUACUGGAGCACAGCGGUGUGUCGCUCAAACUUUCAGGGAUAUACAAGGAAGAAGAAAACCAUUUACUUCUAAAGGUCUCUCAGAUCAGAGAGCCUAUAGAAAUAUUUGUCAGUAAAUUUAAAAAUGAAAGCUGGGCUUUGGAUGGAUAUGUUUCAGCAGAAUCUGAAAGCGGUGGGUUUAUUUAUCAAGGCUCUAUUCAUGGUUUCCAAGGCUUUGGAAAGUUCAGAUUGCUGAGACAAGCCCCAGUAACAGACACAACUUCAAAUCCACACUAUGGCACCAACAGCAGUUCGGUAGCAGCUGCCAUUCUAGUGCCAUUCUUCACACUUAUUCUAUCAGGGUUUGCGUUUUACCUCUAUAAACACAGGGUGUUUUCAGCAGACAGAGAUGAGAAUGUGAGACGCAAAGAAGUAAUGGGAACAGGCUGCAGAACAAGACCAGCAGUACAGUACAAUGGCUAUGCCGGCCAUGAGAACACAAAUGGACAAGCUUCAUUUGAAAAUCCAAUGUAUGACACAAAUUUGAAACCAACUGAGGCAAAAGCUGUGAGAUUCGAUACAACUCUGAACACAGUCUGCACAGUAGUAUAGCCUUUGUUGUCAGUUUUGACUAAUUCAUAGCCAUACCUCUUGGUUAAGCAGCAACUUCUUUGGUGUCAUAUGCCAUUCUCCUUUGUGACUCUGCUUUGCUACUGUGCUCUUUGUAACACCUUAUGUCAGGAAAAACAAUAUAACAAGAAAUUGAUUCUCCAAGAGUCAUUUUCUGUCAUGCAAAGAACGAGUUGAAGAACAUGAAAGCAAAACUAGACAUUUGUUACGGAACAAGAAGCACUUGAGGAUGUUUUGCCAGUUUCUCAUACCGUAUGCCUCAGGCUUUCAUGUUGCUAUCCGGAAGGAAGCAUUUCAAAGCAAUCUUUUGGGAAGAGUUUUGAAGUUUUAUGAAAAGUCUCUUAAUUGUUCAGAAAAGGUACUUUCUUAAGAGAAGACGAGCAGUGAUGAUAAAGAAGUCAUCUUUAUACUUGGUUGCUAAUACCUUUCCAAAAUUGUUUCCAAUAACACUUAAAAACAUGUUUUGUUUUUUUUACAACCUCCUGUCUCACAAAAGAAAUGUGCUGUCCACUAACUGGAAAUUAAGGGGCUGUUGUGUUGCAACCUUAACUGCACAAUUUUUGCACUAGUGUGUUGUGAAUGAUUAAGCAAAUGGAAAAACAAAUACAUGGUUUCUAUACACUGACCAUUGUAUAUAGGCAUCUAACUCCACAUUCAUUCGGAGCAUGUUGUCAUAUUUUGCAGUAAAAAGCUUAUUUUAUUUUCCAUAUUUAAGGGCAAGGGAAAAAGAUAAUAUCUUAAAUAAUUGUUCACGAUCUAUAUUUUAUAUUUAAGUACUGUUUUUGGUUAACUCUAAUUGAACUACUGAAGGAACAACAUUACAUAUCCCCAUUGUUUUUAUUUUAUAUUUAAACCCAGAAGGAUAUAUACUGAAAGCAUAAAUUAUUUGUGAAGAAAAACUAUUGUGAAUGAUGAUGACUGUUGUGAAUGAUGAAGUUUCCAGGAAAGAAUGUUGCACAGUAUGUAUUGGAAAAUCAUAGCAGAUACCAAUGGUACUAAGGCUGCCACCUUUAAACAUGCAAAGGUCUCUGUUUAGUUUAUUACUGAUAAUCAUUCACAAUCCAUAUACUCUAGACAAACACUGAGCAGUUAAACAAAUUGCUUUGGCUGUUUUUCUGUUUUAACAUUCAAGUCCGUUAUCUAGUAUAAUGUCCCGAACGAAGUCCUGUUUUGCCAAAGGCAUCGAGUCUCUGUACAUUGUUUUCCCAUAUACUUGCAGUGCAAGUCUCUGUUAUGGAACGACAGCGUUAGCCCCUUUACGCUGCAGGCAAAAGAACAUUAGGAAUUCAUGUUUGCCUAAAGUCCCUGCCAAACAUGAAUUUCACUUUCCCAGAAGAGGAAAUGAAAUGUAAAUAUGGAGUGCCGGUGAUGCAGCCCUCAUUAUUUUAAAAGGAAUAUUUUCCUCUCUACAAUACUUGGAAUGAGUUGAUAGAGGAAAAGGUAAGUAAUAUUUAUUCAUAAAACUCAAGCAGUUUAAUUACCAAAAUAGUGUGGAGGUAUUGAUUUAAAAAAGGAUGCAGUCCAUGUGUACAUUGCAUAGUAUAGAAAUAAGCCAUGUGCUAUGAGCACUGUAUAGAGUGGCUGUUCUAACAGAAACAUAUUAUUUGUAAAUAACUGUUUAUUACUUGAAAAGUAUAUGCUACUUUCUCAGAAAUGUGAAAUAUUAUUCAUGACAUUUAUGAUUGUUAGAUAAUGUUUUAUUUUUAUAAUUUUAUUUUUUUGCUUGAGGUGGACCCCCAAUCCUUGCUGUUCAAUUUACAUCAGUAACUGGUAUCUGAGUGGAUGAGACAAAUUUAAAGAAACAAAUUAAGGAGGCUAAAAGAAUUGAAUCUAUUCAGUCUUGAACAAAGAAGACUACACUG